CCGCUCGCGACCAAGGAUAAAGUUUUAUUCAGUCAAGUCUUGUGGACGUUAAAAUGGUAGAAAGACGUCUGACUAGGAUAUUUUGGAAUAUCACUUCGCUUUGUAUGCAAAUUUUGAAUGGGAACAAUUCAAUUACUAUAUCAGGGACUUUUAAGCUUCGUUUACUUUUCAUGCUGUUUGUUGAUACAUCUGUAGUUUCGGCAGCAAGCGUUGUCGAACCUGAUUGGUCCACAUUUUAUCGCGUCCAUUGCGUAGCGAUCAGUCACUAGCAAAGAUUACGUCCGAUUAAGACAGUCAGCAAAAUUUACCAGCCGCGGAAUAAAAUGCGGAGGAAUAUCAUGGCGGGAAAUCAAUACUCGAAGCUUUCACAAGGUGACGAAGAAAUUGCCUGCGAGUUUGUCAGACGAGAAAAUCAAAGUCACGAAAAUGAUGCGAGAAGACGUUUGAUCACGGCGUGUGUGUUUUGCACGGUUUUCAUCAUAUGUGAAGUUAUAGGUGGGUUUCUUGCCAACAGUCUCGCUGUAAUGAAUGACGCCCUGCACCAUUUUUUUGAUCUCAACUCACUUCUGAUGAGCCUGGUUGCUUCAUGGAUUGCACGGUGGAAACCAAACGAAAAGAAAACAUUCGGAUAUUACAGAGCUGAAAUCCUUGGUGCAUGCGCUGUGAUAGCGACGUUAUGGCUGCUGACCGGUGUGCUCACGUAUGAAUCAAUUCUUAGACUAACCUCAGGACAAAGCGGUCAUCACGGUCACGUGAAUUCUGACGCAAUGAUAGUGACGGCGGCGUUGGCUUUUUGUGCCAAUAUAACAAUUAUUUGCUUGUUAAACGUUCAUUCUCAUCACGGAGAUCACCAUCAUGAGACAAGCAUGACAGUCAAGGCCGCCAUUCUUCACACUGUUGGUGAUGUUCUUCAUAGUUUUGCUGUGCUUGUUGGUGCCAUACUCAUCAAAAUCAAUCCCUCGUGGGAAAUCGCUGACCCCAUUAUUAGCCUUGUGGGCGCAUGUGUGGUUCUCUUGUCCACUUACAGUGUUCUAAGAGACUCUAUUAAUAUCUUACUAGAAGGAGUGCCUUCAAGCAUACGGCUAGCUGACGUAAGAAAAGAUUUGACGAGUACUGAUCACGUGUUAAGCGUUCAUAAUGUGCAUGUCUGGUCUUUAACCGCUGGCAAAACAGUGCUGUCGGCUCAUAUGGUCAUAGAUCCUAGAACGGAUGUUAACUCGUUGUUAUCACUCACAACUCAGAAGAUGUGUGACAAAUACCACUUUUAUCACACGUGUUUACAGCUGGAAAUUCGAUCAACAGAACGCAGAACUAAUUUUCACCAAAAUAACUCAGCACAAAUCCCUGAUCUUAGCAACGACGAUUAAGAAUCCUUGAUUGCAGUGAGUACACCCCAACCGUGAACACUUGAUCUUUUUUUGUACAUAUUCUACGUGAGAUUACGUACUGCCCUAACCCUUAUAAGAGAAUUUAUAGCGCGUUUUUACACUGUAAAAACACCAGUUUUGUACAUCAUCCAAAUGAAGAGCUUUCAUUUUAUAGUUACUAACAAAAUGUACCAAAACAAAAAAACGUCAAGUGUGCGUGGUUCGAGUGCCUUAACUGUAUUCAGAGUAGCUUUUAUUGACAAAUAAUUUAUAAGUGUAUUUAGCUACAAGCCUACAAUCUCAGCUAUGGAUUUCUACUGCAGCUAAGUUCCUGAGAAAAAAAUAUUGACGUCGCAAAUAUAUGAUUGAAAAAGAUUGAGCAGAUACACUGCACGUUUUAAAAACAACGAAACAGAAUUUUCAAAUCCUUUCUCAUCCAUAAACUUUGAAAUUCUAAGUUAUCCCGAGUGUGGGUCGAUGAACUUACCUGCGAAAAAUGAAACAAAAAAUGAUUUUAUUUAGUCAAAGUACCAACAAAGACAUUAAUAUAAGUUAUUUUGCGUUUAUAACUGUGUUGUCUGUUUUUGUUUUAUUUUGAAAAAUGUUCAUAGAAAAAUGAUUCUUGCAAAAAGUUGUCUGGCAACAAUUUCAACUGUCAUCUGAGAAAUAACGAAUUUUUAAAUGGUAACUGGGAUCUGAGAUAUGCUUGAUUUGUUAGCGGAUAUGAGAAAUCGCCGGAAAUUUUAUCAUAAGUGGCAUUUUAGCACUCCCAUGUAACUCUCUGAUAUCGUUUCGAAAACCUGUGAAAUAUACUGAGAGUAGUUUGUAGCAUCUCGUCAUGUUAGAGGUUAUAUUACUGAUCUGAACCCACCCCUUCCAUUGGCACGAUUUCCGAGGCUAAUCCAGAGUAGGGUGAAUUUGAAUUUAGGUUUAUUACUUUUCAGCGAGCGUUCUGUUUAUAUUUUGUGUCCAUCACGUUUUCUGACGUAGAUCAAUUCUCAAAUCUAGCUGACAAACAAAAUGAGUUAACACACUCCUGUACACGAGAAACUAACCGUCUGUCUAACUUUUAUAAUCCGCAAAGGAGCUUAGUCAUGGUAUUUGGGGUUACAUGUAUUUUGGGCGGGUAAAACGUAACCUUUAAAUUGAAGGAAACCUGAAAAUAGUAGUUUACUA